AUGGCCCUCUACGCCCUUUUAGGCUUCUUCCCUCUCUUCGUUCUAAGCCUCGCAGCCGGUAAAGUUAUUUACGCCCUGUUCUUGUCGCCAUACAGAAACGUCCCAGGGCCAAGGCUUUGCAAAAUCACACGGUACUGGGCCGUCUACCAUGACAUGUGGCUGCGCCGCAUUGAAAAGAUUUACGAGUGGCAUCGCGAAUAUGGCGACGUUGUGAUGGUUGCGCCAGGAGAAGUGUCGUUUUCCAAUGCGGCGCUGACGAGGGAGAUAUACGGCUCUACCGGGCGACAUCCCAAGAGUAAAUACUUUGACAACUUCCUCAUGUACGGCGAACGACCAAUCUUCUGCACACUGGAUGUGAGAGACCACCGCCAAAUGCUCAAGCGAACGUUUACCUUUUACCAGCCGACCUCAAUUUACAAGCCGGCCAGCCUGCAGCCCCUGUGGACCAAUGUCAGGAGGUUUGUCGACCAGCUGAAGAGAGACAUUGCGGUACAGCCGACGGUCGACGUCCUGCUCUACUGCAAUUUCUACUCGUUCGACAACAUCACGAACCUGGUGUACGGCCCCGAACUCUGCGCCCGCACAAUAGGGGAUGCCGAGUGCGAGGAGCGCGCGAUACUGAAGGGCUGGAAGGAGGUCGAGGUCUGGAACAAUCUCUCCUACAACUUUCCGCUGGUUCACAAGAUGAUUAGGGCCGUCGUCUCCUAUGCCAGAAAAGACCCGGCUUUUCUGUCGGCCGAGGAGCGAUUGACCGACUGGAACAUGGACAAAAUUGAGUCUGCCAGGCGGAAUCCGGACAAGAUGGUUGCCGGCUCUCUGCUGCACCAGCUGAGCAACAUGAAGACGCCCGACGGUGAGGCGUUUCCCACAUCAUGGAUUGCCGCCGAAAUGCUGGACAAUAUCCAUGCCGCGCAAACUACGGUUGCUCUCUCGCUCACGUAUACGCUUUGGAACCUGGCCCGCCACCCUGAAUGGCAGGACCGUAUUCGAGCAGAGCUUCUUGCGCUGCCAGUCAAAGAAGAUGGUUUGCCCAACUUCGACGACGUCAUGGCCGCCCCAAUCCUGGACGCUUGCUUUCGAGAAUCCAGCCGACUGUGUCCUCUGUCGAGCGGAAGGGCCGAGAGGGUAGUGCCCGUUACCAAGGCAUACAAUGGGGUGGUGCUCCCAGCUGGGACCAUUGUGUCAACGUCAACGCUGUCGAUACACCACAGGCCAGACGUGUUCCCAGACGCCCACAUGUACAGGCCUGACCGCUGGCUGGAGGCGGACGAAGCAACCCUGCGGGCUAUGGAGUCGUGCUACAUGCCGUUUGGCUACGGCGCGCGUCUGUGCCUGGGCAAGGCGUUCGCCGUGGCGGAGAUCAAGCUCUUGAUUGCGGGCAUUGUGACGGAAUUCCGACUUUGGGACGAUCCUCAGUCGCCAACGACGGAGAGGAGUAUGGAGCAGCUUGGGACGCAAAACGCCAUGCCGCGGGGGCAGCGAUGUGACCUCGGUUUUAGGCAACUGGCGGAGUGGGAGCGGGAGCGUGGCAAUGGCACGCAAGGUGCGCCGUGA